AUGGCACCACGGCUGGAGCCAUCGAAAAUCCAACUAAUUCGCGACAUGUUGAGCAGUAAUGAGAAGAUAAGUCAUAUUGCUAAAACUGCAAAGUGUAGCCGACAAGCAGUCCACCACAUUCCAUCCAACAUCGAACAUUUCGACAAUGCCCGGGCCCCGCCGAUGCGCUCCGGCCGAAAACGCCUGAUUACACCAUCAAUGCUGCAAGCUCUUUGCGAUCACCUCUAA